CCGAGCGUAAUGACGUUCUAGGAUUCAUAUAGCCGACCCCACUUAGUGGGAAAAGGCUUUGUUGUUGUUGUAUCAUUUCUAAUGCUAUCCAAAAAGGAUACUACUGAAUGUUAGUGGUCCUGUCGAAUGAUAGUGGCCUCAUAUAUUUCAUCGAAAACUACAUUUUGUGUGUAUUUGGUAUUGGUUGCAGUACAUUGAAGAAACAGAAGAACUCGCAAUGAAUGGUUUGACAAACAAUAGGCACAUAUUGGACAUGAUUACGAAGGAACUAUUAGAGAAGUCAAGGAUUACUGGUUUGGAGGUUGAAGAGAAAAUUAAGGACCUUUCUCCAGUGAUGUUUGAGGAUUUUGUAAAGCCAUUUCAGAUAGACUUGGAGCAGGAUGGACCGUUGCCGCAUAAUGAUAAGUUGCGGUAUAAACCGCUGGACAUAUAUCCUGCACCACUGCAUAGAUGUUAAACUAUUACUGGAAAUCAUCUAUCGAUUCAUUGCAUAGAUGUUACUUGGUUUCUUGGCGCACAA